AUGAGACGUAUCUCAAUUGGAAAUGUUAUAGUACCAAUCACACGAUUUUUAGAAGGUAAUAAAUUAACAUAUUGUACUCGUUGUUGGUGUUUAGGGCAUAUGAGAAAUAAAUGUCUAGCUGCAACGGUUCGCUGCCGAAUAUGUCUACAAGAAGUUACUGAUAUUCAAAGACAUAACUGCUCUCAACAGCCAAGAUGUGCUCAAUGUGAUGGUAAUCACCAUUCACUUAGUAGUCAGUGUGAAUCAAUAAAAGCAUACAAAAUACAACUGAAAGCAAAAGUCGAUAACGCGCUUGCUCGUGGUAUGAUACAUAGAUCAGAACCAAAUAAACAAGUACCAAUCUUUAAUCCCGACGACUUCCCACCUCUGUCAAAUCUUAAUCGAAACAAAGUAGCAGCAUGGGGAUCAAAACAAAUACCAACGCAUCAGCCAACAACUAAAUUUACAGAAAUAACAGGUGUUCUGACAGCACUAAAUAAACAGUUGUCAAUUAUGACUGAAACAAACAUACAAAUGGCGAAAAAGUUCGAAGAAAUGGACAUGCGCAUGAAAGAAGAUGCAGAUGUUUUAGAAUUAUUACAGAAGACGAUGAAAAAUACGUUAUGUUCAAUACGUGAAGUGAUGGAGAAUAUGGUAUCUCCUCUAUGUGAAAGAGCAAAUAUACAAGUAAAAAGAAAACAUCUACCUUUUACAACUAUUCUGGAAGAGUUACAAAGUGGUACAAGUAAUAGGUUAUCGAAACAAGUUCUCGACGCGCAUAAAGAUCGUCAAACACGCAACGAUACAACAACAUUAUCUGCAUCAAACAAUACAAAUACUUGA